AUGACCGAUACAGUGGCCUUUGCAUGUGGGAAAGUCUGCAAAAACUUUCGAGGGCUAAAGAUUCACCAGGCGAGGAGCAACUGUCAGCAACCUGAUAGAUUGAGGCAACGCAAAGGGUUACCUGAUAAGACGAGGGAGAAGACUGGUCCGGUGGCCAACCAUAGUACCAGAAGUCUCUCAGCACCAGUUUUGUUACUAACUGGAAGUGGUUGCUCGCCUGAAGAAUUGCAGUCCUUAGAAUCCUUAGCAGAGACAGAAAAAGCAGUUGGGAACAGUUCAGAGGAUGAACUACUGAUGACUCAGACAGACAAGACAGAAGAGUCUCCAAUCUUCAGCCAAUUCAUAGGAGAAGAAUCCCCAAUAUUUCCCCCCAAGGCUAGAGAAAGCCCGGCUGUCACUCCCAAUGAACAGAGCACAGACCAAUGGUCAACAAAAGACAGAAGGAAAGUCCCCAACAUCACCAAACGCCAGAAGAUCUCUUGGCCAAGAACCAAUGACAAGAAGUGGGAUAUGUUCGACAACGAUCUUGACAUUAUCCUUCAGACCACUCUCCAAGGUAGGGUAGAAAGGAAAAUCAACAUCUUGACCACCCUAGUCUACUCACUGGGUCUUGAACGAUUCGGCUCUGAUGAAAAGGAGAGUCAGCCGAAACCAGCUCCUAACCCAAACAGGAGGGAACGUGAAAAGAAGAAGGUCAGGGAAGAGCUUAAUUCCUUGAGAAAGAGAUACAAGAAGGCCAAUGAAGUAGAAACGAAGGGACUGGUGAAGCUUAGAGAAGAGCUUAGAUCUAAAUUGAAAAUCUUGACAACAGCAGAACGACUUCGGAGGAAACGUAGAGAACGAACAAGGAAAAGGGCAGCUUUCAUCGCAAACCCGUACAAGUUCACCAAGACUCUGCUUGGCGAAGAGAGAGGAGGUAGCCUUCAAAGUGACCAGGAGGAAGUAGCCCAGUACCUAAGAGAAGUCCACUCCGACCCAGAAGGGGCCAAGCUUUUAGGUGACUGUGACAAGAUAACACCUGCCGAUCACCCACAGUUCCCAUUAGACCUGAAAGAGCCAACACUCCAAGAAGUCAGAGACGUUGUCAAGAAAGCAAGAGCCUUCUCUGCUCCUGGCUCAAGUGGUAUUCCAUACAAGGUCUACAAGAAAUGCCCAAAGCUGCUGAGAAGACUUUGGCUCCUCCUUAGAGCUGUAUGGAAGAAAGGCUCGGUUCCUGAAUGCUGGCAGGCAGCAGAGGGCUGUUUUGCCCCUAAAGAGAAAGACUCAAAGAAUGUCAAGCAAUUUCGAACCAUCUCACUUCUCAGUGUCGAAGGGAAGAUAUUUUUCUCUAUCUUGGCAAGACGGCUUACCAUAUACAUGACCACCAACACCUACAUUGAUACAUCAGUACAGAAGGGUGGCAUCCCUGGAUUCUCAGGGUGUGUUGAACACACAAGUGCCCUCACUCAACUGCUUCACGAGGCUAAAAUUAACAAGAAGAACCUGACGAUUGUGUGGCUAAACCUCGCCAACGCCUAUGGCUCCAUCCCCCACCAGCUAAUCCAAGAAGCACUACAGCAUUACCAUGUACCGGAGCAUGCAAGAAGCCUCAUACGGAGCUACUACAGCAAUAUCCACCUCAGGUUCUCAUGCAAGAACUUCACAACAUCUUGGAUAUCGCUUGGAAAAAGGGUAUAG